CACCAUGUGCCUAGCCUGACCCUCAGGGGUGAUACCCCAUGGCUAUCCAGCCUCAAGGUCCCUGUGCCAGGACCCUCAGGGACAUGACAUCCUGGGGACGUGAUGUCCCACAGUCACCUGGCCUCGACGUUUCUGUCCUGAGGCCUUUGGGGUCAUGGUGCUGGCCAGGCCCUUCUCAUCACACUCUCCCCUGGCAGCACCAUGUCACGGCUUCUCCCCAUCCUGCUCCUUGCGGCUUUGGGCUGCGCUGCCAAGCUGAGGAGGCAGCCAGCGGCGUGGGACGACAGAGUGGACGCCCAGAGGGCACCGGCAACGGGCUGUGCCAACCUGACGCUGGUUCUGGACAACUGGAAGUUCGCCAUUACUUCCCAGAUGAGAAAUCUGCUGCUCUUUGACCACCAAACUGUGCUGCCUGACUACGGGAGGCUGGCACCGCGCCCUCCUGGCACCAUGGCACAUGUGGGGCACCGGGUGGAUUACCUGGCCGGCUUCUGCUGCCCGGUCGGGGGGCUGGUGGCGGGCAAGCCCCGGGUGCUGUGCCACGAGAACGAGAUCUACCUCUCCAACGGCAGCGAGUUUGUCUACGUGUACGACCAGGAGGGGAAGGUGCUGAAGGCUGUGUACCGAUGCCCUGACCAGGUGUGGCAUGUGGAGCUGUUGCCCCAGCCCCGGCAGCUGUACAUCCUCUGUGCCCACAGUGGCAUUUACUGUGUCUCCCUGGACCAGCAGAGCAGGUUAAUGGAGCAGACGGAUGGCGACGGCCAAGAAAGCAAUUGCCCAUCCGGCGUCUUCCCCGUGGACUCGGAUGCCUGCAUCUUCCCAGACUCCAGCCUGUCCAUGUUCACUCUGCUCAACAACUUUGUCAUCACCCUGUCCCAGGCCCACGGCAAAUGGUGGAUGAAGCUUCAUGAGCUUCCUCGCCCCGAGCAGGAGAGUCCUCCGUACCGGCAGAUCAGUGAGGUGGGCUUCUGCCCUGGCCCUCAGCCUGGGGAUGAUGGGGACGGGCCACCUUCCUGCUUCCUGCCUGUCCUCUGCUGCGCCUCCUCCCCAGGCACUGCAGGGACCGAGGAGGGGCUGUGGUGCUCAGGCGGCUUUGUGCUGGAAGAGCCUCUCUUCAGCCUGCUCUUUGGGAUCGAUGCUGCCAUGCUGGAGUCUCCUAUGAUCCUCUGCGGCUUCCCAGAUGGACAGCUCUGCUCCGUGCCACUGAAAGCCCUCAGCUCUUCGCCAGCCGUCGAUGGCUGCCACGACGUUUCAAACCCAGACCCUCCCGUGAAGAUCCUCCAUCACCUGGAGGAGCCGAUCGUCUUCAUUGGGGCCUUGAGAACAGAGCGGAGGGCGGCGGAAGAUGCCGAGGACGAGCAGCUCUUUGGAGACGCUGGCUGUGAUUGCGUGGUGGCCGUGGGCCACUACGGGAAGAUGGUGGCCGUCAAGGCAGACCAGAGGGAGGAGGCCACGGUGCCAGAGCUCAGGGAGUACUACUUGCGUGGGCCCAUCCUUUGCGCGGCCUGCGGCAGCGGCAGCCGCAUGUACUACAGCACGCACUCGGACAUCUCCGCUGUCGACCUGGACUGGGGCGGAGACUCCUCCGACCCCGAGGAUGCCGAGAGCUGCACUGGCGUCCUGCCUCCCGUCCUCUCCCCGGCCAGUUUAAGUAUCUGUAGCGUUGUGGCUCUUUCCUUGUCUUCUCGGGCGUCAGAAGGUGAAUCAGAGCUGCUGGCCUUGUCAGCCAAAGGCCGCCUCAUGUCCUGUGGCUUAUGCAGCCCCGAGGACACCGACGUGGAGCUGACGCCUGCCGAGGCUGGCCGGAGGAUUAAGGAGCUGCUGUCUGGGAUAGGGAACACCUCGGAGAGAGUUUCCUUCCUGAAGAAGGCGGUGGACCAGAAGAACCGAGCCCUGGCCAGCCUGAACCAGGUGAUGAAUGUGAGUGCAGCUUUGCUGUCCAGCCAUGAGGGCCAGAAGCCCAUCGCUUGCACUGUCACUGCCAACUGGAGCUGCCUUCUCCUCCAAGAUACUGUCACCAUCUCCUGUCUGCUGGAGAACUGCAGCGAGUACAGCCUGGAGGAGGGCUGGACCCUCUGUGUUCAGCUCCUGGCCGGCCCCUGUGCCUUAGAGGAGGACUCUGUGGAUUCCGCCACCACUUUCACCUUCCCCAUUGACCAGCUUCUCCCUGGGAACAAGAGGGAGCUAACACUGCCCCUCGGCUCCUCUGCAGACACCAAGCUGGACCUGCCUCUGACCAUUUCCUGUGCCCUCUACUACAGUUUAAGAGAUAUUCUGGGCAGUGGCUCCGACUCCUCCGAGGCCCUGGAUGAUCUCCUGCCUGACGACUCACCCAUCCUGUCCCCAGACAGAGAGGGGAUCUGCCUGCCCCUCAGCGAAUGCACCAUUGACAUGCUCCAGUGCCUCCGUUUUGAGAGCAGCCCCCCUGGGCCAGAUGCUUCACCACAGGCAGCUGCUCCCCCCGCUCCCCCAGACCCUGUGGAGACCUUUCUCCAAGUGUCCCGGGAGCAGACUGAGACUGAGGAGGGAAAAGCCCCCGGGGAGGGGAACCUGCCACCCUCGGCAGCGUCCAUCAGGGUGUCCUCGGAGCUGCUGAAGAACGCGCUGAAAAACUCCAGCUCAGAUGUCCCGCUGAGCUGUGCCACGCUGCACUGGCUGCUGGCUGAGAACCCUGGGGCUCAGGAGCUGAGCAUUGGGGAGGUGGCAUCGGUGCAUGGCACGGCACCGGACGGAGGCGAGGUUCAGCUGCUUGUCCGAGAGGUGGCCAUGGAUGACCUUAGCCCUGCAGGCCCCAUCCAGGCUGUGGAGAUCCUGAUGGAGAGCCCUUCCCUGGCCCACGUGUGCAGGAUGCACCACGCUGUCAUCCGCCGCAUCCAGACACUGGUGCUGGAGCAGGCAGCGCAGGGCUCAGGACCCCCUGAUCUCCGCAUGCAGUACCUGCGCCAGAUCCAGGCCAACCAUGAGAUGCUGCUGAAGGAGGCACAGACCCUGCGUGACCAGCCGGCCCUCAGCGAGGAGGGACCUGCCACAGCCGAGAAGCUCCUGAACAUCUACAGGCAGUUGCGCAACCCCAGCCUGGUUCUGCUGUGAGCAGGGGGGUGGCCAGCGUGCCCCGGGGCCCACGAGCCCCGCCGGCCGGGGUUGGGAGCCCAUCGGGCCAGCAGCGGGGAGAGAACCCUACCGGAGGAGGAGCAGGGCCGGCGGCGAGGGCGGGGAGGCGGCGGCAGCGGUCGGGUGUGGGGGGGUGUCUGUGCGUGUUUCGUGGUCGUGUUGUCGGCAGCACCGGAGGGGCGGGGGGAGUUCCGGCGGCAGAGGGGGGCUUCUGGGCUGGCCCGGCUCGGCCCUGCCGCCGUCCUCCCCAGCCUGGCCACACCGGCGGGCAGCUCCCUGGGGCCGUGCUGUCUUGUGGAUCGUUCUAGCCGUGGUAGUUUAGUGCUCUCCCGGUGGCUGCCGUGCCGGCUGUGGGCUGUGCCCCCGCCCCGCCUCACCUUUCAGGAUCAGGACAAACAGGGUGCUGUGCCAGGGUGCCCAGCGGGCACCCGCCCGGGGGAGCCCCAUUUUCUGCUGGGCAGGGGAGGGGGUUUUUCCACUCCCCCGUUGUUUCUAUAAAGGAUCUUGUAUUUCUGUGGCAGUGCAGGGGCUUUUGGCCCAGUCCUGCCCCACACCGCUCCAGUGUCUGUAAAUCUGUUGUCUGCCAUGAAAACGAUUGUGUGCUGCUCAGCCGGUGCCAGUCUCUUUUGCUUUCCAUCUCCCAGCAGGGCCCUGCCCUCGCCAGCCCCCCUGCUCCUGCUUCCAUAGCCUGG